AGCGUCCAAAAUGUAUUUCUGGAAAAAAUUUUUUUGGUGUACGUGAACGGUUCACUGAGGAAAUGAAGAGAGAGAGAAUCAAUACAAAUAAGCAAACGUCUUUAUUGUAAUUACAUAUUGAGUGAUAGUGCCAAAACUUUUAUCAGAUUUUUCAUUGAAAAUGACUAAGAAUUCCUUUUUUUAUUGAUCACAGCUUUCAUCAGUUGUCUUUGAAAAUGCAAAUAUAAUUGCAAGCGAGGCCGAUGGUGACGUCAUGAUAGCUUACAGUUUCAUAUUUCCUACCAUCAAGCCAAUUUGUCUAGUCUGCAUUGAAAUUAUACGCAUCGUGGGGGAUUUACUUCCCUUCGUCUCGUCAAACAUGGAAGAAACGGCUUUUUAGAUCCGCUAUGUGAAAUCCCGGGUGUUGUGAUCGAUCUACAAGGGCUUCAAAUUUUUAUUUCUGCCAUCGUAUUAUGUCCCAGUUUAAAGUUGAAAAAGUCACAAAAGUGAAAGGGUUAUCAGAUCUCUCUGAGAAAGCUAAAUUCAGUGAAAAGACAGAACCCUCCUCAAAGCGAAGUCGAGGAUCUGCUAUCAGUAGCGAACGCCCUGGCUCUUCUCAUGGGAGGCAAACGGCGCUAAAGAAAACUGCAUCACCAUCAAAAUCCACAUCCAAUGAAACUGCAGGUAGAAAGUCCACAUCCAAUGAGGCUGCUGGUGGCAAGUCCACAGGAAAAACAACACUUUCGCAUCGCACCAACCCACCAAAACCUGCAACAAGAACAAAACAAACUGCUCAGGACAAUUCAACAACAGUCAAAAAGAGUUGUGCAGCUUCUCAGCAGGACAAGCAAUCUUCUGGCACAAUCACAGAUACCUCAGUAACUAAGAAAAGGCCGACCAGUCAUAGUGUUACUCCUUCACCACGCACAAGAACAACAGCAGUUUCAAAGCCAUUAUCUCAAAAGCCUGUGAAAGAACCUAACAACAAAAAGAAAAGUGAAAUUAAAAAAGAGAAUAGUUAUGAUGCUAGUGAUAGUGACUCUGAGCAUGGCAGUGUAGAUCGACUCAACACUGAUGGUGACUAUGGCUAUGAGACUGGUUCCCUUGAUGACAGUGAUGUGUCGACAGGGGAAUUGCUUAGUCCAUCAGCCAAAGAUGAGAAUAAGACUAUUUUAACAAAUGAACAAAGUGGAAACCCUGCUUGUACAUAUACCGAAGUUGAAUUUGGACAAGUUUUGGCGACAAAGGAAGGAGAUGUUGUCAUUAGGAAUUCAGAGAAAUUUGAUUCAGGAGAAGGAGAGUUAGUUGUAGUGGAUGGCAGUGCAUUUGGUGAUCGCAAAUCUUACACCUAUGCAGGAGAUGAGUUUCGACCCUUGAUUGUGACAGAACAAGGGGGAAUUUCUGCCCCUGUUGAGGCAAAGAAGUAUUCCAAGAGCUCUGAGGAUGAAAAUGGCAAUGGUGAUAGGCAAAGGGCUGGUGGAAGAAAAAAAAUGGUGACAGAAUAUGAAGAAGUUCAGAUUGUUGAUGGUAGCUAUGACAGAACGAACAUAAAGGUGACAUCUGCCAAUCAAAAGAAUAGGGCAGAGACUGAUGACUCGCAUACUUUGGGUCCACUUAAUGAUGUUUAUGCUGUUGUGCAGAAAAAGCCAAAGGAAACUGCUUGUAAUGAGAAUGCAGAACAGAAACAAACUUGUACAACUCAAAGGCCCACUCUUGAGUUGGGUGAUGUUGCCCCUGCAAUCCCAGGUGGACGCAAAGACUCGAGUAUGUAUGAAGCAAUAACAGGAGAGCUUCAGAAUAUGAUAAUGGCAUGUGACGAGGUGUCACUAGAUCAGAUAUCAUCCAGGACUAAUGCUAAUGACAAGAAAGGUUCUCCAGGAGAUAAAAAGGUUCCACCACCCAUUCCGAAACCUUAUUCAGGACCUGGCUUCAAUUCUCUGGCAUCAAAGGAACCAGUAAUGAAAGAACUGUCAGAAAAUUCUGAGAGAGAACCUGCAGAGGUUCCAUCUCAGCCAGUUUAUGCUGUUGUACAGAAGAAGCAAAAUGAAAAAUUGAAUGAUAAAUCCUCAGAAGAAAUAUGUGAUACAACAUCUGCAGAUAUGCAGGCACCAGAUAAGCCUAGGUAUGCUGUGGUGCAAAAUGGUUCAGUUGAAUCUCUUGAUCAGCUAAGAAUACCAGAAGCAUCUGGUGAUGAUGAUGAUGAGUCCAGUGAUGAAGAGAUGCCACCACCACUUCCUUCAAGGUUACCAAACCUUGAAGAUACUAUGAAAAGGACAGAUCCUUCACAGAAUACCUUCCAGUCUGAUCAAGUGGAGAAAUCAGAGGAAAAGCCAAAGAAGGGUGGUUUCAAAUUAUUUAAAAAGAAACACCACAGACAACUGUCUGAUGGAAAUGUAACUGCUCAAUUAAAACAGGACACAGAUAGCGGUGCUAUUUUUUCAAGUGAAACUGAAAGGAAGCAAUUUCAUCAUCAUCGUCGAUCAAAAUCACAUGCAGACAUUAUGACACUUGAAGAAACUGGAGGCAGAUCAUUGAGUCCUACAAACACCUUUGAAAAUUACUCAGAAAUAACAAUUCCAUCUAGUAAAGCAAGGAGUUCUGACAAAGUAUCACCUGUCCAACCUUAUUUGGAAGUUGACAUUACUGAGCCUCCCUUGACACCUACCGAUUUCAAUAAAGAGAAAAUAUCCAUGGAAGAGGAUAGCGAGGAUCAAAAUGUUUCCUAUGAGCUACCUGAGGGCUGGAGGGAAGUGAAAGGUGACAAUGGUACUUAUUACUGGCAUGUUGCUUCUGGAACAACACAGUGGACCAUGCCUCAAGUUGCAACCAGACCUAAGAAGAAGUCAACUGAAGAAGUAAAACCAGCAGAAAGCACUGAAAGACAAAAGGUCUUGAGUUUUCCUGUGCACUCCAUGGGCUGGAUUGAGCUUGAAGAGAGCCAAGUUGCACCGCAUAACAUGAGUGAUACUAUCUCAGACUGUAUCUCUACCUUGGCACAGAAGAGAAAAGAUCUCUGGCAAACUGGAGAAACUUGGGGAGAGGGUAAGGACAUAAGAUUGUUGCUGGAGGGUGACACUCUUAAGCUUGCAGAACCAAGAACCAAGAACACCUUGCUUAUCCAACCUGUCUCUAAAAUGAGGGUUUGGGGUGUCGGCAAAGAGGAUCAGAGGGACUUUGCUUAUGUUGCACGAGAUCCUUCAACUGGCAAGCACAAGUGUCACAUGUUCCGUUGUCAUGGGAACAUAUCUGGUCGUGCAAUCACCAAUGCCCUACAUGACAUGUGUAGCAAGAUCAUAGAGGAAAAGAAAAAGGCUCAGGAAAGCACUCGUAAGAUAUCUGCUCAGAAGCCUUGGUCAGAUAUCAUUAAUACACCACCUCCUUCUUCAGCAAGAGAUAAUGCCAGUUUUAAUGAAAAACCCCAUGUAGAACCAAAGAAGAGCUUUUCUGCUAGAUAUGUUGGGAGCAUAGAUGUUCCAAGACCAACAGGUGUGGAGAUCUUGAACAAAGCAAUAAGUAAACUAACAAGUAAAGGUGGCGGUGUCAGUGGAUGGAGAACCAUUCUCAUUGAAAUCAGUGUAUCAAACAUCAGGAUAACAGACUGCACUACCCAAGAACUAAUUUCUGAAGACCGAGUUAGAUUUAUGUCUUUCUUUGGAGUUGGAAAAGAUGAAAGACUUUGUGGUUACAUUGUUACCACGGCUCCGGAUGUAUUUGUGUGCCAUGUGUUUCAGUGCUCUCCUAAUGCUGCUCCACUUACAAAGGCAUUAGCUGAAGCAUGCGAGCUCCGUUUCCAAAAAUGUGUGGAUGCUCAUCCAGAUAUUAUACAGAAAGUGACAGCUGCUGAGCAGGAGAAAAUAAGAGAAAAGUCUGACAAAGACAAAGAUAAAGAUAAGGCUGGUUUCAUUACAAGUGUUCAGGGUUUGCUUGGAAAACUUGGGACAAAGAAAGGGGGAGGGAAAAAGGAGGAAAGUAGCACAACAGAUAACAAACAAUCUUCGAUUCCCGUGAUAACAUGCAAACCAACUCACACUUUUAUGGUGAAGUACUACGGUGCACUGCCUGUGGCUGUCGGAACAGGGAUAGAAACUGUGGAGGAAGCAGCAAAGCAUUUGGCCGGAGGAACGCUACUGAUUUGUCAACUUGAUGUUGCACUCAAUGGAGUAACACUUUAUGACAGUCAGAGAAGUUCGCUUUCAAAGAGGAAUUUAGAUGCUGAUACAAUAUCAUACUGUGGUCUCACAAGUAACAGAAGCCAUUUUGGACUCAUCCAAAGCAUGGGAGGAGGAAAAUACAUUUGCCAUGUCUUUGCAGAGUACAAGACUAAGGCAGGGCCAAUUGUUGCAGCUAUUCAUGAAACAUUGUGAAUACCAGGGAAAAUUCUACAGUACAAUCACACAGAAUCAACAGAGAUGAAUGAUAUGAUAAUUUUAUCCCCUAGCAUUGUAAUUGUUAUCGUAAAAAUAUGUAUUUUAUUUCCAUGGAUUACAGAGGACAGCAGAUCAACCAAAAUGUAUGUAAAUAGAAUUCAGGGAGCUUUAACUGAUUUAUGAUUAUUAGCAUUUGAAUUGUAGAAAGCACGAUCACUUUGACUUGCUAGAAUGCAAUAUAUUUUUUUUUUUUGCUCUUUAAGCAAAGGCCUUAGCAGUUUUCUGCAUCAUGUUUCAAUUGAUCUGAGUGUGAAAUACAUGUUAGAGGCAAAUGAGAUUUGCAAUUGAAGGGGGGGGGGGAGUUUGCUACUUGGUCAGUGAGGGUUUUGAAUUUUCAACCAAAGGUAUGAUCAAUGUGGAAAAAGGAACAAAGAGGAAUAGUAUAUCAAGAUGUGAAUGUGCUUCCUUCACUUUCAGUCAUGUUUGUCUUGUUUAUUACUUGUUAGCAUUUUAAGGACUUGUUUUUAUACAAAUGUUUUAAUUAUUUUUGGAAUAGAACGUUAUUUUUGUAUACUUUUGCUGCAAUUACAGUUUGAAUGACAGAGCGGAUGGAUUUAGUGAAUGAAUGAAUGUAUAAUUAAACAAUUGAAUGACCAUAUGAAUUGAUGAAUACAACAACAAAUGAU